CCUCUCGCGAAAUAAAAAUCUGAAAACAGCAAGGCACCAAAUCCCCGAAACAAAACACACGCCACCACCACACACGCCGUCCGCCUGCUCCUGCCUCGCUUCUUCCUCCCUCUCGUUGUCUCUCCCUCCCUCCCUCGCCUCCGCGGACCGCAGCUACGUCCUCCGGAGCUUCAGCUGAGGGGCCAGGCCACACCAGCCCCCCCCCCCCCGGGAGCUCCCACCCGAGGAGGCCAGAGAGAGAGAGAGAGAGCCGGGUGAGGGCGGCGGGGCUUCUCUUCCUCCGUCUCGAGCUGCGGGCGCGCGCCACCGCCCGGAUCUACCCGGGAAGAUCUAAACCGAGAAAGAGGCGGCGGCUGUUGCUGCUGCCGCGGUUGUUGGGUGGUUGGUUGGUGAGGAGGAGGAGGCCCGGGUGGCGGCGAGAUGUCGUCGAGCACGAUCCGGAAGGCGCUGGGGGCGGUGAAGGACCAGACCAGCAUCGGUCUGGCCAAGGUCACCAGCAACAUCGCGCCGGAGCUCGACGUGCUCAUCGUCAAGGCCACCAGCCACGACGACGAGCCAGCCGAGGAGCGCCACAUCCGCGAGAUCCUCCACCUCACCUCCGGCUCCCGCGCCCACGUCGCCGCGGCCGUCGCGGGAUGCUCCCGCAGGCUCUCCCGCACCCGCGACUACGUAGUCGCGCUCAAGUCGCUCAUGCUCGUGCACCGCCUCCUUGCCGACGGAGACCCCUCGUUCCACCGCGAGCUCCUCCACGCCACGCGCCGGGGUACUCGCCUCCUCAACCUCUCUGACUUCCGCGACGAGGCUCACUCUGGUUCAUGGGACCACUCUGCCUUCGUCCGUACCUAUGCUAUGUAUCUCGACCAGCGCCUUGAGUUCUUCCUCCACGAGCGCAAGCAGGGCUCCAACGCCAGUUCCAGUGCCAAUGGCCCAUCACCGCGUGACCGCUGGGGAUCACCUGACCCAUAUGGUCGCCGGUCACCCUCAUACUCCUCACCCCCAGGGAACGGGUAUGGUGGCUAUGAUGAUUACCGUGAGAGGAAUGGCAACAAUGCUGAUGACAAGAAACCACCGACCCCGGUGAGAGAUAUGAAGCCAGAGCGGGUCCUUGGUCGUAUGCACCACCUGCAACAGCUGCUCGACAGGUUCCUUGCUUGCCGCCCCACAGGUGGCGCAAAACACAGCAGGAUGGUGCUGGUUGCACUGUAUCAGAUUGUGAGAGAGAGCUUCCAGCUCUAUGCUGAUAUAUGUGAGGUUCUUGCGGUGCUUCUGGAUAGGUUCUUUGACAUGGAGUAUGCUGAGUGUGUGAAGGCAUUUGAGGCAUAUGCCAGCGCUGCGAAGCAGAUUGAUGAGCUUUGUGCAUUCUAUGGCUGGUGUAAGGAAACUGGGGUUGCAAGGUCAUCAGAGUACCCAGAGGUGCAGCGUGUUACUGAUAAGUUGCUGGAGACACUGGAGGAAUUUAUGAGGGACCGAGCAAAGCGUCCGAAGAGCCCACCACGGGAACCAGAGCCUGAACCUGUAAAGGAGGAAGAGCCCGAGCAAGAUAUGAAUGACAUAAAGGCACUGCCUGCACCAGAAGAUUACAAGGAGCCUGAACCUGAGAAGGUGGAGGAAGUAAAGCCAGAGCCCCCACCGCAGCCCCAGGGUGAUCUAGUGGACCUUAGAGAAGAAACAGUCACCGCAGAUGAGCAAGGUAACAGGCUUGCUCUGGCUCUCUUCCAAGGGCCACCAGCAGCUGGUGGAAGCAAUGGCUCAUGGGAGGCUUUCCCCUCAAAUGGUGGCAAUGAGGUGACUUCCGCCUGGCAGAAUCCUGCAGCUGAGCCUGGGAAGGCUGAUUGGGAACUUGCCCUUGUGGAGACAGCAAGCAAUCUGUCCAAGCAGAAGGCCACAAUGACAGGUGGUAUGGACUCGCUGCUACUGAAUGGUAUGUAUGAUCAGGGUGCUGUGCGCCAGCAUGUCAAUGCACAAGUGACAACCGGGAGUGCCAGCAGUGUUGCUCUACCUCAGCCCGGACAGAAAACACAAGUGCUAGCUCUGCCGGCACCAGAUGGCUCCAUGCAGAAUGUUGGUGGAGACCCGUUUGCGGCAUCCCUUAGCUUCCCACCACCGUCCUAUGUGCAGAUGGCGGAGAUGGAGAAGAAACAGCAGUUCUUGACACAGGAGCAGAUGAUGUGGCAGCAGUACCAGAGAGAUGGCAUGCAGGGGCAGGCAAGUUUGUCCAAGCUUGACCGGGCUUACAACAAUGGCUUCGCCCCCAACCCAGCCAUGCCUUAUGGGAUGCCUACGGCAUACAAUACGAACCCCAUGCCAAUGGCUUACACUGCAAAUACUGGGUACUACUACCCCACUUACUGAGUUAUUCUUUGUUCAUCCUUACAGUUGCUGUGAAUUUUGUUCUGUAUCGUGAUCUCAUAGCCUUGGGGUUGUGUCCAGUAUCGGUUGAUGUUCCCCUGUCUCUGGAUCAAACCUUUUGGUCUCUUAUAUGUAAUUCUAUUUGUUUGGAACCAAUUGCGGCAUCUAAGGGUGGCUAUAGUUUAUUACAUAAUCUAUGUUCAUGUUCAUUC